AGCUUUUUGACGAUUCCUCAGCAUAACAUACCUAACGUAGAAUCUAAAUCGUUCGGUAUUUUUGCGCCCUAAAAUACGGUCACCAGUGUAGAUCGUAACCUUUCGACAUUGCGGUACCAACUCGAAUUUGCGUGCCAGAUUUCUUCGGACACCUCGGAGGGGAUCGCACCGAGGAGGUGCUCUGGGUUGGCGGCAAGGCAACGCCGACACUCGGCGAAAAGAAAGAAGGAAGAAAGAAAAAAACGAGAAAUACUUGGACUGGACUAUCCGGUGUCCUCGGAGGCAGCUCCAGCGAAUCCCGAGAGCAAAUCAUCGAUUUAAAGUGCCUAAUAUAGGUAGCUGUCCCCGUCAACGAUAUCUCGGAAUACUCAACGCGUCUGUCUCAUUCGCCGCGGCACGCAACAAUGUCUGCAUCAUCUAACGCCUACCGCAAGGCGGCGAGGCAGUUGGCCCAAAAGACGGCCAACUCCCGGACCGCACGCGCCGCCAUUGCGGCGGCAGAUGGCAAUCAGAUUAUUGAGAGGUCAAUAAUCGGUUCUUUCAAGCUUCCCGGUACUUUGAUAGCACCUCCGGUUUUUCGAUCCAUCUUCCAAAGCCCCGUCGAGGGCGUAAAGAUGCAAGGGCUACGUGUCAUGGCCAAGUCGUUGGACGCUUUCCGCAUGGUGGCCUCGUACAUCGCCUCCAAGCCAUCUCUGCUCGCCAGCGGGAGCCUCCAGGUCCAGCGUAGCAGGAUCGUGCCAACCGCCAAGGGGCUGCACCGCUCGCUCUCCGGGGCCUUUGCGGCCGGUGACCUGGAUACUCUGAGGAGGGUGUGCCACUCGAACCUGUACCAAACUCUGUCUACCAAAAUCUUGCAACGGCCCGCGGGCGUCCGUAAGGAUUGGGAGCUUGUCAGCUAUACCGGCACUUUGAUGUACCCGCGGAUCGUCGACCACAAGAUCAUGGAAGUACCGCUAAGGGAUGGGUCCAAAGUAACAGUCCACCAGGCUGUCGUGACAAUCCGCAGCCGGCAAAGGCUCACUCAGUUCAACGACAAGACUGGAGAGAGCACCGGCCCGUCCAAGGAGCUCGACGUGACCGAGCACCUGAUCAUGUUGCGCGAACUCGACCCGAAUGGCUCGCCCCCCGGCGAUUGGAAAGUAUUUGGAUACGCCGACGAAACCACGUACCAGGACUGGCUGAAAGAAAAGCACGGUCUGGAUUUGCUUAUGAAACAAGCAAAGGCCCAGCGAUAAUGGGCCUGUCUGUUUGUCCUUCUGAGCGUUUGGCCCAGUCAGGCAGUUCAGAACGAACCUACCUGGGUCUUUGUUUAUGUAUACCAAAAAGUGUAUUAUAUGGAGCCCGACUGGCUGUUGAUAUUUAUGGAGUUGGUUCCUUCCUGAUCAAGUGUGCCACACAUCUCAGCUUGUAUCAUAGAUGAAAAAAUAAAAAAUUAAAGAGAAUCACCA